AUUUUCCUUGCAAAUCUGCGUUCAAUACAGAGCUCUCUGGCUCAAUUUUACUGCCCCAUCUUCUCGUAGCAAAGCAAUCAUGACGCAUGCAUGAGUCCAGACCAGAGCGAGUUUUUGUCUCUACUUACUCCUCCUCAUAAUAUUUAACCCCUUGGUAUUACCACACUUGGACGGUUUCGAACUAGCGACAAGAGCUUUGCAGCAGCGGUGCGACCACCAUCAAAAACAGAAAAGCACUAAAAACACGCGUCACAUCCUGCACACUCUAUCGUGAGAACGAGGCACUGUACCGUUACGGAAAGAUAUUUUCACAGUCUGACCCACCCUGUACAAUAAGUAAAAUUUUAACCACAGGGGUAGAACGGGAACAAUUUCCAGGAAAUUUCUCAUUGUUCCUCUUCUGUCACAAACAGACGAAUUAUUUUCUGAAGAGAGAAACAGAGUUUCAGGAGAGAGAGUGAGAUAGAGGAAUAAUCUAGCAUAUUGGAUAACCGAUUUUCAGUUUAAGAAUUUCAGAUUUAAUAGUUGUUGGUAUCAUCUCUCCAGCGUAACUGUAGAAACGAGAAAAUCAUGAGUAAUGCUCCCGGCUCGCCUUACAGAAGGCAAUUUGAUGAAGAGAAUGGUAAUAAUCACGAGAAAAACUGUGAAGCUGUUCAUGAUGAUGAAGGUUCUUGCGGUCCUUUUGAUAUUCAUACUACUAAGAAUGCUUCCAUCGAUCGGCUCAGAAGAUGGAGAAAAGCUGCACUUGUCUUAAAUGCUUACCGUCGGUUCCGAUACACAUUGGACCUGAAAAAGGAUGAAGAAAAAGAAAAAGUCAUAAGAAAGAUCAGAGCACAUGCCCAAGUCAUACGGGCUGCAAUUCUUUUCAAAGAGGCUGCGCUUAAAGUCAAUGCGCCGAAGCCUGUUGAACCUGCAAUUCCCCAUGGCGAUUUUGGUAUUGGAUCAGAUCAGCUUACUGAUAUGACUAGCAAUAAUAACUUUGGUGCCUUAGAAGAACAUGGUGGUGUUAAUGGGCUAUCACAAAUGUUAAAAACAAACGCGGAUAAGGGUAUCACUGGAGAUGAAGAUGAUAUUCUACGUCGGAAGAACAUAUUUGGGUCUAACACGUACCCUAGGAAGAAACCUCGCACCUUUUUGAUGUUCCUUUGGGAAGCUUGGCAAGACCUAACCCUUAUCAUCUUGAUCAUAGCCGCAGCAGCAUCUUUGGGUUUGGGGAUAAAGUCAGAGGGACCCAAAGAAGGGUGGUAUGAUGGGGGGAGCAUUGCAUUUGCGGUUAUGCUAGUUAUAGUUGUUACAGCUGUCAGUGAUUACCGACAAUCCCUUCAGUUUCAAAGCUUAAAUGAUGAGAAACGGAAUAUACAUAUGGAGGUCGUUAGAGGUGGUAAAAGAAUCGAGGUUUCGAUUUUUGACCUCGUUGUUGGUGAUGUUGUACCUCUAAAGAUUGGGGAUCAGGUCCCUGCUGAUGGAGUUCUAAUUUCUGGUCAUUCUCUUGCUGUUGAUGAAUCUAGCAUGACAGGGGAGAGCAAGAUUGUUCAAAAAGAUCGUAAGCGUCCUUUUAUGAUGUCUGGUUGCAAAAUUGCUGAUGGUUAUGGCACUAUGCUGGUAACUGGUGUUGGGAUAAACACUGAAUGGGGAUUGCUGAUGGCCAGUAUAUCAGAGGACAAUGGUGAAGAGACUCCGUUGCAGGUACGCCUGAAUGGUGUUGCUACUUUUGUUGGUAUAGUUGGUCUCGUGGUGGCUCUUUUUGUGCUGCUUGUUCUUUUGGUCAGAUAUUUCACUGGCCAUUCUAGAUUAAAUCCAUACAUCAAAGGGAAAACAACUGUCAGUCAGGCAGUGGAUGGAGUUAUCAAAAUCAUCACUGUGGCGGUCACCAUUGUGGUUGUUGCAGUCCCUGAAGGGCUUCCUCUUGCCGUUACCUUGACCCUUGCUUAUUCAAUGCGGAAGAUGAUGGUUGACAAGGCUCUGGUUCGUAGGCUUUCUGCCUGUGAAACUAUGGGAUCUGCAACAACUAUUUGCAGUGAUAAGACUGGCACAUUGACCCUGAAUAAGAUGACUGUGACCGAGGCUUAUAUUGGAGGAAAGAAGACUGAUUCUCCUGACAACAGCUCUCAGUUAUCUGCCACUGCCCAUUCUCUGAUUAAAGAAGGCGUUGCACUGAACUCCACAGGAAGUGUGUUUACCUCUGAGAGUGGUGAAGUUGAGAUUUCUGGGUCUCCUACAGAGAAGGCGAUUCUUUCAUGGGGUGUCAAGCUCGGGAUGAAGUUUGAAGAGCUAAAGUCGCAAUGCAAACUUCUCCAUGUUUUUCCUUUUAACUCGGAGAAGAAACGAGGAGGCCUUGCUCUACAACUGCCCGACUCUCAAGUUCAUAUUCAUUGGAAAGGUGCUGCUGAGAUAGUCCUAAGCUCAUGCACAGAAUACCUUGAUGCGGAUGGCUCCCGCAAAAAACUGGAUGAGGGCAUGACGAAAUAUUUCAAGGACGCUAUUUCAGAAAUGGCUGCAAAUAGUCUGCGUUGUGUUGCUCUUGCCUACAGAACAUAUGAGAUAGAGAAGGUUCCAAAAGAUGAAGAUAGUUUGGCAGAGUGGGUCAUCCCCGAAGAUGAAUUAGUUUUGUUGGCCAUCGUCGGGUUAAAGGAUCCUUGUCGGCCAGGAGUUAGAGAAGCUGUAGAACUGUGCACCAAGGCUGGUGUUAAGGUACGCAUGGUAACCGGAGACAACCUUCAAACUGCAAAAGCAAUAGCUCUGGAAUGUGGAAUUCUUGCUUCUGAUGCGGAUGCUACGGAGCCAACUCUCAUAGAAGGAAAGAGAUUCCGUGAGUUAUCUGAAUCUGAAAGAGAAGAAGUUGCUGGAAAAAUUUCGGUAAUGGGAAGGUCUUCUCCCAAUGACAAACUAUUGCUUGUUAAAGCACUGAAGAAAAGAGGUCAUGUUGUUGCCGUGACUGGUGAUGGCACCAAUGAUGCUCCUGCACUGAAAGAGGCUGAUAUAGGUCUUGCCAUGGGGAUUCAAGGAACUGAAGUGGCUAAGGAGAGCUCAGACAUCAUUAUAUUAGACGACAAUUUUGCUUCGGUCGUAAAGGUUGUUCGCUGGGGAAGGUCUGUGUAUGCAAAUAUUCAAAAGUUCAUUCAGUUCCAGCUCACAGUUAAUGUUGCUGCUCUCAUCAUCAAUGUUGUCGCUGCAGUUUCCUCUGGGGAAGUUCCCUUGAAUGCCGUCCAGCUUCUUUGGGUUAAUCUGAUCAUGGAUACUCUUGGAGCACUUGCAUUGGCCACUGAACCACCAACGGAUCAUCUAAUGGACAGAACUCCAGUUGGUCGAAAGGAACCGCUCAUUACGAAUAUCAUGUGGAGGAACUUACUUGUACAGGCUAUGUAUCAAGUUACUGUGCUUCUCGUCCUUUACUAUAAGGGUGAGAGUCUGCUGCAUCUGACGAAGAGUGAGCAUGAUAUCAAGGUGAAGAAUACUCUGAUCUUCAAUGCGUUUGUCCUUGCCCAGUUAUUCAAUGAGUUCAAUGCAAGAAAGCCUGAUGAGUUGAACGUCUUCGGGGGAAUCACCAAAAAUCGCCUCUUUAUGGGCAUCAUUGCAAUAACUCUUGUACUUCAGGUCCUUAUUAUAUUCUUUCUGGGAAAAUUCACCGACACUGUACCUCUAAAUUGGAAAUUAUGGCUGAUCUCUGUUAUCAUUGGUGUUAUCAGUUGGCCUUUAGCAAUCGUUGGGAAGUUUAUACCAGUCCCCGAAACUCCCCUAAGCCAAUACUUUACAAGACUAUUCCGCAAAUGUUUAUGUUGCAAAUCCUGAAUGGGGCUCGGGGUUCUCUAAGCGUGCUUUGUUAGCGAUAGAUGUAUAGGAUUAUAUUCACAGGAUUUUAUUUGUAGUCUUAGUCUUUUGACCACCACGUACUGCAACUUUGAACAUGGGCGGCGGCACCAUCUAACUAGCAAAAAACAACUAAUAUCUUCCUGGAGAAAUUCUUUUGUGUUUAUAUCACUACAUACUAAAUAUCUAUUUGUGUUGCUUGGUUAAAAGAGAAUGUCAAGUUUUUCCCGAAUUUGUUGUCGUUAUUUGUUUUGCAAGUGCUGAGAAUAUAAGUGUUUAUAAAAAGUAUUCCUAUAAACUUAGAUGUGAUUAUGUUAAUGUAGUAUUUGGUACGACA